AAUUAUUCAACUAACUUUCUUCGUAUGAAGGAAAUCCUUUCAUUUCGAUUAGUACGUACAUUUGUAGCAGUUAAACAUAUAAAAGUAUUCUACUGUUACGAUCCUGAGUUACGAAAGAGAAAGGGUGCAAAGUUAAACAUUAUGAUUUUACUGCUUUCCGUGAAAAAUUACUUUCUACGGAUUCUACGGAUUCUACGGAAGAGAAUCUCGUUCCUCGGAGUUCACAAUUUCAUUCAAAAACUUUAUUGCAAACGUUCCCGUGCACGCAAUGCUUGAAUUUUUAAAGCGCGCAAGCGUAGGAGAGCAAUAAAGUUGACAUUAUGGCAAGCUUUGCGCUUCCACGACCAGUCGCAAUUCAGCUCGCGUUCAGAUUUCUUACUAACGGUAGCUUGCACAACGGAUAAGCGCAGCGAGUAUUGCUAAACGAUUGUUAAAGUCUAAUAAAGAAAUGCCGCGUAAUGUACAUAGCCGACACGAUAUCGUAUAUGUCAAGCAACCAACUCGCAAUCUCAUGCUCGCAAUCGGGGUCUGGCCAUUUAGAAGCGAAAAGAGAUCCAUGUUCCAGAAAGUUUACAACUUUUUUUUAAAUUUUAGCUCCAAUUUGCUUUUCGCCUGCGAAAUUAUACCCGGUAUCAUUUAUUUACUACUGGAGGAAUCAAUACGUAUACGACUUCAGUUGAUCCCUCUUCUCCUCUACGUAUUUUUGUGUGCCUUUCAAUAUGAUAUUAUUUUAUCUCGCAAUGAUAACAUUCGACAAUGCUGGAAGCAUGUCGAGGAAGAUUGGCGGAAUGCUUUCGGUACGGACGAUCGAAAUAUCAUGUUCAGAUGCGCGAAAGCUGCGAGGCUUCUAAUCUUGAUCUGUGGUGUCGUGAUGUACAGUGGUGUAGCUAUGUAUCGAAUAAUCUUGCCAUUGUCGCGAGGAGACAUUGUCACGAAUCAGAAUGUCACGAUCAGACCCUUGGCCUGUCCUGUGAAUUUCUUAUUUAUUGACGUGCAAACUAGCCCUUUUUACGAGAUAGUAUUUACGUUUCAAUCUCUAACGGGACUCCUUAUAGUUUCGAUUACGACGAGCACGUACGGUCUUCUAGCAUAUUUUGUGGAACAUGCCAGUGGUCAAAUGAAGAUCUUGAUCUGCUUAAUGAAGAAUCUCGUCCAAGAACAGUGGCAGAAGGAGGAAGAAGUGGAUAAGAAGUUAAGUGAAGUGGUUGAACAUCAAGUAAGAGUGCAUAGUUUUCUGCAGAUGGUGCAAUACACCAUGCAGGAAAUAUGUUUGGCAGAAAUAAUGGUGGAUACUUUAACCAUCUGCCUUUUGCUGUAUUUUGCAAUAUUGGUUCGUAUACGUUUACAAGAUUGGGAUACCAGCAAUCCUGGGAUUGUAUGCUCUUAUGCGUGCAGUAUUAUAAACAUCAUAAUUCAUAUAUUUCUCUUUUGCUAUACUGGUGAACAACUGAAUGAUCAGGCGGAGAAAGUAGCGAUUGAAACCCGUGAGCUCGAGUGGUAUCAUCUUCCGGAGAAAAAAAUGCGCAGCGUCAUUUUACUGAUGAUAAUGUCCAAUUAUCCACCAAAGAUCUCUGCUUGUAAGAUCGUGGAGCUGUCAUUGAAAACGUUUGGUGAUGUAAGGGAACACUUUCAAAUAUUAGAUCGUUAUCCAGAACAAAGCGAGGAUUAUCGAAGUGAUUAAUAAGUUAAAUGAA